AUGACGACGACACGCACGAGCGACACACAGACACAAGCAGGGAGUCGAAGCAGGGAGUUCUCGCGCCCCGCCAACACAAACUACAAGGACGUGCAGGACCAAGGCGUCGACCAGCCGGCGUCGACCGAGGUGGCGCAGUUCUGGAAGGAGAACGACCUCAAGGUGUACGGCGGCUCGCCGCCGCCGUUCCUCUCCUUCGAGGAGGCGCAGCUGCCGCGGCCGAUCAUGGACGCCAUCGCCAAGGCCGGCUUCACCAAGCCCUCCGUCAUCCAGUCCCAGUCGUGGCCCGCGGCGAUGGCCAAGCGCGACUUGAUUGGCGUCGCCAAGACCGGCUCGGGCAAGACGCUCGGCUUCCUCGUGCCGGGUUUCAUGUACAUCCAGCAGCAGCGCGUCAACCCGAUGCAGGGACCGUCCCUGCUCACGCUGGCGCCGACGCGCGAGCUCGCCAUGCAGAUCGAGGUCGAGUGCCAAAAGUUUGGGCUGCCGCUCGGGAUCCGGUCCGUCUGCUGCUACGGCGGCGCGCCCAAGGGGCAGCAGCUGAUGGCGAUGCGGCAGGGGUGCCACGUGGUAAUCGGCACGCCGGGGCGGAUCAACGACUUCCUCGAGUCGGGCCAGAUCCAGCUGCACCAGGUCGCCUACCUGGUGUUUGACGAGGCGGACCGGAUGCUCGACAUGGGCUUUGAGCCGCAGAUCCGCAAGAUUGUGCGCCAAGUGCCGCCGCAGCGGCAGACGCUCUUCUACACGGCCACGUGGCCAAAGCAGGUGCGCGCGCUGGCCUACGAGUUCAUGCGGUCGCCUGUGCAGGUCGAGGUGGGCGACAUCAACUCGCUCAACGCAAACAAGGACAUCACGCAGUACGUGCACGUGACGCGCGGGCCGGGCGAGAAGCAGCAGAUGCUCAUGCGCAUCUUCCAGUCGCUCGAGGCGGGCACGCGCACGCUGGUCUUCACGUCGACCAAGCGGAUGGCGGACCAGCUGGGCAUGCAGCUCGGCCGCCAGAUCGGCAGCGGCGUCAUCCACGGCGACAAGGACCAGCGCGAGCGCGAGGCUGUCCUCGCCGACUUCAAGAGCGGCCGCCGGCCAGUGAUGAUCGCGACCGACGUGGCCGCGCGCGGCAUCGACGUCAAGGAGUGCAAGGCCGUCAUCAACUACGACUUCCCGGGCAAUAUUGAGGACUAUGUCCACCGCAUCGGCCGCACCGGCCGCGCCGGCGCCAAGGGGGAGGCGCACACCUUCAUGGACGGGCAAAAGGACGGCAAGUACGCGCGCGCGCUGUGCGAGAUCAUGGUCAAGGCGGACCAGGCGAUCCCGGGGCCAAUCGCGCAGAUGGCAGGCCUGCGCAGCGGGACGUACCGCCCGUAUGACGAACGCUCCGCGCUGCAGCCGCACCCGAGCGGCGGCAUGAUGACCGCCCAGGCGGCGCAGAUGGCGGCGACGAUCCCGCAAGCUGUCAACAAGCCCGACGAGUGCGGCGACUUCAAGCGCGGCAACUGCCAGCGCGGCGCGCGCUGCAACGCCCGCUUUGGCUCGGACCGCGGCGACCGCGGCCGCGACCGUGACGACGACCGCGGACGCAGGCGUUCGCCCGACUACGACGACUAUCGCCGCCGUUCGCGCUCGCGCGACCGUCGCCGCCGCUCGCGCAGCCGCGACUGA